AUGGCUGCAGAGUCCGAGAGGCCGCCUCGCAGCAACGGCACCUCUGGUCGAUCCAAAGGGGCCAAGGAUGCAGAGGCGGCAUCGGAUCUGGCGCAGCGGUCGGCUAACGAAUGUGCUGUUAACAGCACAACUGCCAAACCACAGGUCACCUCCCAGGUGCCUUGGCUUUCCCCUAAUAUUCCUGCCCCUUCAUCCACCGCGUCUACCACGAACUCCGCCGUGUCCUCCCGGGAAUCUUCUCCGGUCCGAUUCUCCUCACGUACUCUCAACUCUUCCUCCCACAGCCGUGUUUCCUCACAAUCCCGAAAGCCCAGCCGAGACCGAGCCAGUCCAACCCGACACUCCAACGGCCCAGCACCUGGCCAAUCUACGCAUUCACCCUCUGCCAGCUUCUCACGUUCAUCCUCUUCCCCAGUCAAACCCUUGGUCUUGUCCGCUCCCAUCGACCCGUCGGCCAAUGUUGCCAGCCCAGAAAAGAACAAUAUGCCAUCAUGGGCUGCAAAUCGCCGCACCGAGUUGGAGUCCACACCUCCGAAUAUCUCACAGAAAAGAUCUUCGCUACCGGCGGACGAUCCAACCAAGGUAGACCGCAAUGCAAGCCGGUCUACCACUAGAACCACCGGAGGACAAGGAUCAUCGCUGGAAACCGUCGACGAGAUGACAAGCAACCCUUCCACCCCUUCGAGUGAGACGACUGCCAAGCCGGUGACCCCGGAAGAGUCCAGGCUACAUCGCAUCGACGAAGACCCGACCCCACGCCCGCCACAACAAAUACAAGGAAGCAGUAGCGAUAGCGGGGAAAACCGAAGCUCCGAGCCCAAGGAAGAGCCUCGUCCCCAGGCGGCGGCGGCUGCUGCAGCGACAGCGAAAACACCUCGAACUCUCAUGCCCCAGCGGUCGACGACUUCCCUCAGUGCCGGUGCUCGGGGCAAGCCUGCCGAUGGGUCGGUCCGUAAUAUGACCGUAGAAACAGAGACCGUCAGUUCGAUUCCGCAAGUCUCCCUAGGGGUUGGGAACGGUGAGCGCGGCAUCGGCGCCCGCUCAGAGACGGGUACCCUGCGCAUGAAGCCUUCAACAGAGACAAUCCGUCCCCGCAAAGACAAGAAGAAAAAUCGCAGAGCCAACGCUCUCACCGCUGGUCCUGCAUCAAGCAAGGCGGAUAUUUUCGAGGCCAAAGUGGCCAAUGCAGUGGAUGAAGCUGAUGUCUCAGACUCCGACGAGACUUUUGUUUACGAAUCAAACCCCCCUGAUCCGUACCCCAGCCGACCUCCUCGCUAUCAUUCACGGACGCCUAGUGCUACCUCCAUGGUGAGCCAAGUGGACCAGCUAUCCAAUCGCACUCGAGGUCUACGAGAUGCAUCCCAUGGCGUGAUCGGCAAGCGCAGCAUGAAGUUCACCGGUGCUAAUAAUAGUAUUGAUGGCGGUAUACCGGAUCUCGAUGGGCCUGCUCGAUCCACCAGGACUGAUGGAACUGGAACUAUCACCCCGCGGCACCAUAAUGUUGGCAAUCGUCAUCAUGCUCGAGGCAUGCAAAGUGUUCUGGAUUCCGAUACCUACUCUCAGCCUGGUCCCCAUGGUCAGAAGUCCCCACGCCAUUAUAUCGGGGGCCCAUACCGACAAUCGCGACACAGCAGUACUCGGAUGUCUCCCAAUCACCGAACCUUAAAUGGCUUCAAGAAGGGUGGUGAAUAUGGUUGCUCGGACUACGAAGCAGAAGGUGCAGAUGAUGAGCGCACGCCCCUGGUGGGUAACCGUUCAGUGCGCAGUCGAAAUGGCGGUCGCCGACCCAAUAGCGCAAGUUUACGACAGAUGGAGUACAUGGCGCAGCGGCAGCGUGGAAUCCUUUCCCGAUUUGGCUCCUGUGCUAUCAUCUUUUUCUUACUGUUGAUUGUAGCUGGCGGCGCAACCUCAUUCAUCGUUGCGGCAACCCAGCCCCUCCUGGAUGUCCAGGUCAUUGCUAUUCAGAAUGUCCUUGCGUCGGAGCAGGAGCUCAUGCUGGAUUUGAAUGUGCAAGCUGUGAACCCAAACCUGUUCCCUGUGACUAUCGACGACACAGACGUGAAUAUCUUCGCCAAGAGUGGAUAUGUCGGAACAGACAAAUUCUGGCGAGAGCAUGGCGCCGAGGAUCUGGAUAACUUCCCACGCAUUGAGCAAAGCCGACGUCGCUGGCAAUUGUCGCAAACCGUGCGAUGCAUGGGCAGUGUGAACUGUUUGAAAGAAGCCAUGGGCGGCCACACAGGACCGCACGCAAAUGAUGGAGUUGACAAGGGCACCGAUCCCCCCGAAGACCCGGAAGGAGACCCGAAAUCCAUGCUCCUGGGUCGCGUCUUCCGCUUCGACUCUCCUCUCUCUUUCGAAUCCUCGCCGUGGAACCACCACACGUCCAGCUCAAAGGGGCAAAUCCGUCUCAGCCGACCAGGCAACAAAACCGAGACUGGAGGCACAGAGCGCUGGGAGCGUGUUCUCCAGCAUCCCUUUGAGCUCACCGUCCGCGGAGUCGUCAAAUACCAACUCCCUCUUAGUUCCCGCUACCUUUCUGCGUCUAUCAGCUCCAGCAUUAAAGUGGUGCCAGACACCGAAGACCCAGAAACACCCAGCAACGGAACCGCCCGGGUGACAGCCAAACGGGCACCAACUUCCCUUCCACUCGAUGAUCGCCCUGUGCGCUCGAGACGACCUUUUACGGCAUAA